AACGCAUCCAGGCUGCGAGGGUAAAACCGAGGGAGGAGGGAGGGAUCACCGGGAUCAGGGAUCGCUUUAUCCGCCGCGUCCGCAUCAAGCCGAAACGCGUGAUUUAUUCGAAUAACAAGCCGCCGUCGAACAGCCGACAUCGCCAAGAGGAUUUUUUUUUUUUUUUUUGCUCGAAUUGGAUACCCGGAGGACGGCAUGGGGGGACACACGGCGUUCGUGCUCUUACUUGCGGCGACCUUGACGCUCUCAUCCGAGGUGCCUGCUGCUGACGACUUGGUGGGUUUGCUGACCGAACCGCAGGUGGCCAUGUUCUGCGGCAAGCUCAACAUGCACAUCAACGUGCAGAGCGGCAACUGGGAGCCAGACCCAUCUGGGUCCAAGAGCUGCAUCGGCACCAAGGAGGGCAUUCUGAAUUACUGCCAAGAGGUUUAUCCGGAACUUCAGAUCACUAACGUGGUGGAGGCCAACCAGCCCGUCAGCAUCCAGAACUGGUGCAAAAAUGGCCGCAAGCAGUGCCGCAGUCAGAAUCACAUCGUGGUGCCCUACCGCUGCUUGGUCGGGGAGUUUGUGAGCGACGCCCUUCUGGUACCUGACAAGUGUAAGUUCUUGCACAAGGAGUAUAUGGACCAGUGCGAGAGCCAUCUGUACUGGCACACCGUUGCCCAAGAGUCCUGCGGCGACCGCUCCGCCGACCUCCAUGACUACGGGCUGCUGAUGCCCUGCGGCAUCGACCUUUACCGAGGGGUGGAGUUCGUGUGCUGCCCGACCGAGGCCGAGCAGGAGUCCGACAGCGCGGCGCUGGAUGGCGAGGAGUCGGACGUCUGGUGGGGCGGAGCUGAGCCCGACAACAACGAUGACAGCACGGCGCAGCAGACGGACGCGGAUCCCGCCGCCGCUGAGGAGGAGGACGAUGAGGAAGACGACGAAGAGGCUGACACUUUUGAGCGCGACGAGAACGACGGCGAAGAAGUUGACGAGGAGGAAGAGGAGGAGGAGGACGACGACGACGUGACCAGCGAGCGGGAGAGCGACGAGCGCAGCGCUAAUGUCGCCAUGACAACCACCACCACCACCGAAUCCAUUGAGGAAGUCGUCCGAGCCGCUUGUUGGGCACGCGCCGAGUCGGGCCCGUGUCACGACAUGCUGGAGCGCUGGUACUUCGUGCCUGAAAAGGCCCGCUGCGCCCCCUUCCUGUUCGGGGGCUGCGGGGGCAACAGGAAUAACUUUGAUUCCGAGGAAUACUGCCUUGCUGUCUGCAGCAGCUCGUUGCCCACCACGGCGCCCAGCCCCCCGGACGCCGUCGACCAGUACCUCGAGUCGCCCGGCGACGACAACGAGCACGGCGACUUCCAGAGGGCGAAGGAAAGCCUGGAGGCCAAGCACAGAGAAAAGCUGUCCGAGGUGAUGAAGGAAUGGGAGGAGGCCGAGAGGAAGGCCAAGAACCUCCCGCAUGCCGACAAGAAAGCCAUCAUUCAGCGCUUCCAGGAGAAGGUGGAGGCCCUGGAGGAGGAAGCCGCCGGAGAGAGGCAGCAGCUGGUGGAAACCCACAUGGCCCGAGUCGAGGCUCUGCUCAACAGCCGCCGACGCGUGGCUCUGGAAAACUACCUCAGUGCACUGCAGACCAACCCUCCACGGCCUCGUCAGGUGCUGAGUCUCCUGAAGAAGUACGUCCGGGCCGAGCAGAAGGACUGCCAGCACACAGUCAAACACUACGAGCACGUCCGAGCCGUCGACCCGAAGAAGGCGGCGCAGAUUCGGCCACAGGUUUUGACGCACUUGCGUGUGCUGGACGAGCGGAUGAACCAGUCGCUCGGUUUACUGUACAAGGUGCCCAACGUGGCCAGCGAGAUCCACAGCCAAGUCUCCGUCAUCGUGCAGCGAGUCCAGUCCGAGCUGUCUCAGCAAGUGUCCUCCCUGCAGAGUGACAACAGAGCGGACGGCAGGGUGAGCUUCGGCAACGACGCCCUCAUGCCCGACCAGGCGUUCAGCUCGGCUCCGAUGCAACCCGGCCUCGACGGGCUGGGCUUUAUCCACCCCGAGAGCUUCAACCAGCCCAACACAGAGAACCACGUUGAGCCAGUUGAUGCCCGCCCACUUCCGGAUCGAGGACUCCCCACACGGCCUGUGUCCGCCCUGAAGCCCGAAGAAAUCCCCCAAGUGCGUAUGGAGACCGACGAGAGGCAAAGCACUGGCUACGAAGUCCACCAUCAAAAACUGGUGUUUUUCGCCGAGGACGUCGGCUCCAACAAAGGCGCCAUCAUCGGGCUGAUGGUGGGAGGCGUCGUCAUAGCGACCGUCAUCGUCAUCACCCUGGUGAUGCUGAGGAAGAAGCAAUACACGUCCAUCCACCACGGCGUCAUCGAGGUGGAUGCGGCGGUGACACCCGAGGAGCGCCACCUGGCCAAGAUGCAGCAGAACGGCUACGAGAAUCCCACCUACAAGUUCUUUGAGCAGAUCCACAACUAAUAAGGACCCCCGCCUUCCCUCUCUCUCUUUCUCGCUCCUCCCCAGAGGUUCUGUUCCACUCUCCGCUCCCAUUUGACAAAACGCAAACAAAACAAACAAAAAAAAAACUGGAAAUUUGCAUUUGGGCCAAAGGAAGCAGACAUGGAACAAAGCCCCCCCCACCCCCCCCACCCCCAUUGCACAACGUAACACUAACGGAGUGAGACAAGGGUACGCCCUGUGUCACCUGCACAUUUCAACCAAUCACAACACAAACCCCUUUGCAGUGUUUUUGUACUCAAUGAACUUGUUGACCGACUAUAGCGACACAGUACAAGCACACACGCAUAUGUGUGUGUAUGUAUAGGUAUUUAUAUACACACACAUACAUAUAUGAAUAUUAUCAUCGCAGCACUGUGCUUACCCUGCUAUUUAAACUAGCCAGCGCAAAAAGCAUUUCAAGUUUGUUUCAAAUAUCAAAAGAAUGACUAUUUUAUUUUUUUUUUUGCGUGUAAAAUAUGAAGAUUAGCUGUAACGUCUACGUAGUGCAUGGCCACAUCGCGUCCGACCGCGUCUUAACGUUUCGAUAUUUUAGCGAGAUUGUACAUUUCCGGCGUCUCUUUUCGUGAUCUUGUGCAAUAAGAAGAUUUAAAAAAAAGAAAAAACAUUCAGAACGCUUUAAACAUUUUUUUUUAAGUUCAUCUCCGCGCGUCAAUGUCGUGUUGGCUGCAUGGGCGAAAAUCAAGCAACAACAAAAAGAAUCAAAUAUUAUAUGUAAUAUAUGAAGUGUAAUAGUAUCCGAAAGGAAGAUGAUUGUGUUACUGUUUGCGUUUUAUGCACUCUGUCUUUGUCGUUUUUUUUUUGGGGGGGGAGGGGGCGGACAUCUGAUGAUCAAGUGCAGUGGAAGCUCUCGGGUGGAACGAAGGAUGAAAUAUGAAAUACACGUUUUUUUUUUACCUGUUUUUGUGUGAAGGACGCUAGCGAUAGCAAAGAGGAAAUGACUGACUAUUCUGUGCAAUAUGAGCAAUAGAAUUGUUUCAAUAUCAGCGAGUACACUACACGCUCCUUUUCUCCAUCACUCCCAGAUGAUCUUUGACUUUUUUUCUUCUCGUUUUGAAAAUGGCGCCGUAAAUCGGGACAGCUCAGAGGUCCGCUCGGGAGGUUCCGCCGUAUUCGCCCCUCGAUGCAGACUUUUCAAAGUCGUAUGUGGAGCUGGAGAUACGGAAGCGGAUGAGUGCCACCGCGAUUUGGAAUUUGAAAUGGAAAGUGAUGGCGGCACGGUGGAUCAGCCGGUAAAACGUUGGCCUCGCAGUUCGGAGGGCCCGGGUCCAAUCCCGGACCCGCCUGUGUGGAGUUUGCGUGUUCUCCCCGUGCCUGUGUGGGUCUUUUCCAGUCACUCCAUCCCAAAAGCAUACAACAUUAAUCGGACACUUUAAAUUGCCUCUAGGUGUGAUUGUGAGUGCAUCUGUUUGUCUCGAUGUGCCCUGCGAUUGGCUGGCGACCAGUUCAGGGUGUACCCCGCCUCCUGCUCGUCGACAGCCGGGAUAGGCUCUAGCGCUCCCCGUGACCCUAGUGAGGAUAAGUGGGAAAGAAAAUGGAUUGAUGGAUGUAUUUCAGAGUAACUUUUCAACGUUAACAAUUCAACCGGCUACAGUUCGCUGUCUGAAAUUCAACUGUCUGUGCCACCAGGCAGGGUACUUCAGGUCAGACUCAGCCAGCCAAUCCAGUUACGCUUUCUUAGUAUGUGACAUCACGUGACUAAGAAAGCAUAACUGCGAUUGGCUGGGUGAUCGGUUCUGACCUGAAGUAACCCUGCCCGGUGGCACAGACGGUUGAAUUUCAGACAGCGAAUUGUAGCAACUAUUGAAAAUGUGAUCACUUUACAUCCACCCAUCCAUUUUCUUUGCCGCUUAUCCUCACGAGGGUCGCAGGUAGUGCUGGAGCCUAUCCCAGCAGUCAAUGGGCAAGAGGCAGGGUACACCCUGAACUGGUCGCCAGCCAAUCGCAGGGCACAUAGAUACAAACAGCCAAUCACACUCACAAUCACACCUGUGGAUAAUUGAGAGUGUCCAAUUAAUGUCGCAUGUUUUUGGGGAUGUGGGAACGUCACUUUACAUUCCAAAUUCUGGUGGCACUGAUCUACUUCCAUGUGGAGACUAACAUCUCAAUCAUUCCUGUUGAAUCAUUCCGUUAUUGAUUGUAAAAUUGAUGUUUGGGCAAAAUAUGCCCCGUUUCCCCCCCCCCCCCCCCCCCCUGCAGCUUUAAUAGUGAAAAAAGAUUUGGGGAAAUUGAGUCCCACGUCCCAAAAACGCCACCCUUUUACGAGACCAUCUCAGUUUGUUUUUUCAUCGCGGCUGCGUCCUUUCUUGUCGCGUGGUAGAUCUUUGGAGUCCUCACAUCUCGCCCCCUCAGCCCGUCCCUCCCCCUUCUCUAACAUUAACAUAUCAUAUCAUAUCCAAACACAAGACGUGAACUGAAGCUCUCGUUCUGAUGAAUGUUUCAAAAUGUUUUGUAGUUCCAUGAACCAUUUUUGCUUAACGGUUUCGACCGCCACCAUACCAUGAAUAAAAAAAAAUUUGAAUGUACAUAAUCGA